CGAAGCAGAUAGUGAGCUCGAUGAGCACGAUCCUCCGCAGUGAGUCAUCCCACCAUACGAUGUCAGGGCGUAGAUCAGUGGCCACGAGGAAAUGUGUAGGAUCCCAGGUGGGGAAAUAUGGGCUGACAGGAGGGAAGCGAUUUCUGCAAGAAUGGCAUCAUGGGCGGGCAUUGAAUCUUCGUCCAUCACGGGCCGCUUUGCAUGUGUUGAGGACAUGAAUCAGAGACUGCCUCUCACCA